AUGUGCUGGCUGGAUGCUGAUCUCUCUCUCUCUUCUGCAGUGAAUCCCUGUUGCUAUUUCCCCUGCCAGAACCAAGGGGUGUGUGUCAGGGUCGGCCUGGGAGGAUACGAGUGCGACUGCACCCGCACCGGGUACUACGGGCUCAACUGCACCUCCCCUGAGUUCUGGACACGUCUCCACAACCUGCUGAAGCCCAGUCCUGCCUUCUACCACUUCAUCCUGACCCAUUUCAAGUGGUUUUGGGACAUUAUCAACAGCACCUUCAUCAGGGACACGCUCAUGAGGCUCGUGCUGACAGUUCGUGCCAAUCUCAUCCCCAGCCCCCCCACUUUCAACUCUGACUAUGGCUACAUCAGCUGGGAGGCCUAUGCCAACGUCAGCUACUACACCCGCGUGCUGCCGCCCGUGCCGGACGACUGCCCCACGCCCAUGGGCACCAAAGGGAAGCUGCAGCUCCCUGACCCCCAGCUCCUGGCAGAGAGGUUCCUGCUGCGACACAAGUUUGAGGCUGAUCCCCGAGGCACCAACAUGAUGUUUGCCUUCUUCGCCCAGCAUUUCACCCACCAGUUCUUCAAGACAUCUGGGAAGAUGGGACGUGGCUUCACCAAGGCUCUGGGACAUGGGGUGGACCUGGGGCAUUUGUACGGGGACAACCUGCAGCGGCAGCACCAGCUGCGUCUCUUCCGAGAUGGGAAGCUGAAAUUCCAGGUGGUGGAUGGCGAGGUGUACCCGCCCGCGGUCAGCGAGGCCCCGGUGCACAUGGUGUACCCGUCGGGCGUGCCCCAGGAGCGGCAGCUGGCCGUGGGGCAGGAGGUGUUCGGGCUGCUGCCGGGGCUCUGCGUCUACGCCACGCUCUGGCUGCGAGAGCACAACCGCGUCUGCGACCUGCUCAAGCGGGAACACCCCACCUGGGGCGACGAGCAGCUCUUCCAGACAGCACGGCUCAUCCUCAUCGGGGAGACCAUUAAGAUCGUCGUUGAGGACUACGUGCAGCACCUCAGUGGGUACUACCUGAGCCUCAAGUUCGACCCCGAGCUGUUGUUUGGGUCCCAGUUCCAGUACCGGAACCGCAUCGCCGUGGAGUUCAACCAGCUCUACCACUGGCAUGGGCUGAUGCCCGACUCCUUCGUCAUCCAGGGACAAGAGUACAGCUACAAGCAGUUCCUCUACAACACCUCCAUGCUCAUGGACUACGGCGUGGAGGCGCUGGUGGAGUCCUUUUCCAAGCAGGUAGCAGGAAGGAUCGGGGGGGGACAGACCAUCAAUGCCAAUGUCCUGCACGUGGCUGUCGGGGUCAUCAGGGAGUCCCGGCAGCUGAGGCUGCAGCCCUUCAACGAGUACCGGAAAAGGUUUGGCAUGAAGCCCUACAAGUCCUUCCAGGAGCUGACAGGAGAGGAAGAGAAGGCAGCAGAGCUGGAAGAGCUGUAUGGAGACAUUGAUGCUCUGGAGUUUUACCCAGGCUUGCUGCUGGAGAAACCCCAACCCAAUGGCAUUUUUGGGGAAAGCAUGGUGGAGAUCGGAGCUCCAUUUUCCCUGAAGGGGCUUUUUGGAAACCCCAUCUGCUCCCCAGAGUACUGGAAACCCAGUACAUUUGGUGGAGCAACCGGCUUUGAGAUCGUGAAGACGGCGUCCCUGGAGAAGCUCGUGUGCCUCAACGUGAAGAAGUGCCCGUACGUGGCGUUCCACGUGCCUGACACUGCAGAGCACGGCAGUGCCCGGGCUGCUGGAUCCUCUACAGAGCUCUAGCAGGGCUGACCUGCCCAGCGAAUGGUGGGGAUGCAGGAACUGCUGCCCCUGUGCCUGCCCAGCACUCGUGCACAGCUGGGACAAGGAACCAAAG